AUGGUAUCAGAGCCGGCGGACGGUCGUCCUUCAGCGAGUCCGGUGAAUCCCUCAUCUUCGUCCUCCACGUCGGAGGACACACCAGUUGGGUCGAGCCCCAGGCAGCGUCCGACCACGAUGGACCCUCCUGGUGGAUCCCCUGCGCAAGUUUCGAGUUCGAUCAAUGCACCCUCCGCGUCGACCAUCAAUGUCGAUGGUUCUUCCAUUGCCCUUGUAUCGGAAAAACUCAUCGGCAGCAAUUAUAGGGAGUGGGCUCAGGCUAUGCGUUUAGCCAUUGGUGGCCGUGGCAAGCUCGGUCUGAUCACUGGAGAGUCGACCACACCCAGUGACCUGAAGUCUUCAGAGAUGCAGCGAUGGCUCACGGACAAUUCCCUUGUGUGCUCCUGGUUGAUUAAUGCUAUGUCACCCUCCCUCAAAAGGAGUUUCAUGUAUUUACCUACUGCUAAAGACAUGUGGGAUGCUGUCCGCGAGUCGUAUUCGGAUGGCGAGGACCUUGCCCGCCUAUAUGAUCUAAAAACCAGAAUCUGGAAUAUCAAGCAGGGCACUCGCACCGUUACAGAAUACUGGUUGGAGCUCAUUGGACUGUGGCAGGAAUUGGAUAUGAUCACCGAGGAGGAGUGGUCUUCUUCCACUGAUGCUGCGCGACACAAAAAUAAUGUUGAAAAGGAACGUGUUUUUCAGUUCCUCGCUGGAUUGAACCCUGAAUUUGAUGACAUUCAAAGCCGGAUCCUAAGUCGUUAA